AUGGAGGCGGCCAUGGGCGGGCCCCUGCGCCUGGCGAGGCUCACGGGGUGCCGCGCGCACCGGCGCUGCACGGGGCCGCAGAUACGGAAGAUGCACCAGACCCGGCCGCAGGUGUACGAGGCCACCGAGAGGGUAUCGCUGGUGAGCUCGUUCAUGGCGUCGCUGCUCGUCGGCGGGUACGCCUGCAUCGAUGAGACCGAUGGAGCCGGAAUGAACAUCAUGGACAUCGACACGCGCCAGCUACGCCAGGAUGCUCUUCAGGCUAUGGCUCCAGAUUUGGAAGAGCGGAUUGGGAGACUAGCCACCAGCACAUGCUGUUGCUGGAAAGAUAGCCCCUUAUUUUGUUCAGAGUUUUCAAGCAGCUGUAUAGUUAUUCAGUGGUCAGGCGACAAUCCCAAUAGCCUUGCAGGAUGGCGAAGUGGCAGGCAGGCCGCAGGCCAUGAUGUUUGGGACAGCCAUUUCAUCGAACACCAUGCUGGUGAGCCUCGAGUGGCUGUUAUCCCCGGGCUUCCUUCAGUGUCACGCCGCACCGCAGGGUGUGGCCUUGUGGCUGCGGCUGUGCAGAACAGCGGAAGGCGUGAGGUGGAGUGGGUGGCAGAGCACGCGGAGGGCAUAGGCCGACUGGUAUUAUAUAUUAAGACGUUAGUAAGGCGUCGCCUCGCCUCGCGCCUUAAACGCCUAGGCGUCUGGAAGGGGGUCGGGCGCCGCACCUCGCCUUACCGCCUUAAUAACUAUGAACUUCGCAAUCGUUAUGCUGAUAGAUCUUGGGAUCAUUUCAACAGGUUGCUUGAAGAAACAGCCCCCUUGAAUGGAGGGAAGUUGGGAUUUUACUACAAGGAACAUGAGAUUCUCCCACCACUUCCAGUUGGAUUUCACCGCUACGUUGUCAAGAACUUCACUAGUGGACCUUUGGGUGAGAUGGUGGAAGAAGUUGACAAGUUUGAUCCUCCUUCAGAGGUUCGUGCGAUAAUUGAAGGGCAGUUCAUGUCCAUGAGAGGCCAUUCUGAGCAAUGUGGCCUGCCAGUACCUCCAAAACGGAUUAUAGCAACCGACUCUGCCUCUUUGGGUGCUGCUUUGCGAGCAGCCCAUGGGUGGCUUUGUAAGCAGCAAGACGAGUUCGUGCCAUUCUCAUGUGUGUACUCAGGAAGAUUAGAUGGAACAUCACUUAGCAUGAAGUUGGCUGUUCCUUUUGGGGACUGUGAGGGAGACACUGAGCUUCUGAACAACUACACAUUGUUGGUUAAGAAGAGGCUGGAGAUUGAGCAGAAGCUCAUCGCAAGAUUUGGUGGAUCAGAGUGA